AACACCAAAAAAUUAAAAACAUAUGACCUACCCAUAAGAAAAUGUGUUCAUGCUGCUAUUAUUAACAAUGUGCUUGCGGAAAGUGUCACAUUUUUGUUAGAAAAAGUUUCUGAACUGUUACACAACUCAGAACUGCAAGAAACACCUCACUCAUCCUCAGUAAAUCGAAUGGCAUAUGAGCUAGGUGUUUUAGCAUUGGUUCAGGCUGGUGAGGCGCUUUUUUCAUUGUGAAUAUGCAACAGUAGUGUUUGAUGCAACCACCAUUUUAGACAAACAUGUAAAUGAGUUUCUUAUCAGUACCUAUCCUCCGCAGAGAUAUUAUUGCUUAUCAACCGCUAAACUUGCUGGAGGUACAGGACUUGAAUGUGCCACUCAUAUUGUCAGUGUAAUAAAAGAACUUGCCAAUACAUUUGCAGAGUUUAAAAAUAUGCCCGCAGUAGAAGUUUUAGAUGUAUUCACUCAAAAAAUCAAAAGUUGUCUGUCAGACAGAGCACCUGUUAAUAGUUGUGUGAAAAACAUGCUUCAGGAGGAGAUGGACAUUCAAUUAAUGCAACUGUACUGCAAUGUUCAUCCAUUGGAAACUAUUGCCUUAAAAACAUUAUUAGCUCUUAAAACAAUAGAUAAUGAGUUGAAGAUAAAACCGGCUAAAGGAACUGAUUGGGUUGCAGUAACAGUCCUCAAAAAUAUUUCUAAGCUAAGGUAUAGUUUUAAAGGCGAUCCUACAGCAUUCAAAAGCUAUCUUAAAAAAAACAAUGUUGCUCCAGGGCUAUUCCUUAGAUAUGUUGGUAUUAGAUUUCAUGUUUUGUUCCAUAUGGCAGGGAUUGUUGUUACAUAA